UCUUUUCUCUCUGACUUACCAAUCUCUGUGGCGGCUCUUGUUCAAGAUUGGAUCGGCUUCUCCUCUCUCUCGCUUUCCCAAUUCGAUCCCUCAACCUCUUUCGCCAUGGUAGUCGGCGCACAACCAAAGCCGCAGCCACAAUCCCAACCCCAACCCCAGCAGCCGCAGCAACCGGAGCCUUCGCCUGAAGAGGAGGCCCUCAAGAGGAACACCGACUGCGUCUACUUCCUCGCCUCCCCCGUCUCCUGCAAAAAGGGGAGUGAAUGUGAAUAUCGCCACAGUGAACAUGCUCUGUACAAUCCUAGGGAUUGCUGGUUCUGGUUGAAUGGGAAUUGCUUAAAUUUGAAAUGCUCGUUUCGGCAUCCACCUCUUGAUGGCUUGCUUGAAAGCCCAGCAGCAAGUUCAGCUGGACCUUCGUUGCCGAUACCACAUACUGCAACGAUGCCUGCAACCAAUGCUACUUUUAACUCGAGUAAACAAGCAGUUCCCUGCAUCUUCUUUCAAAGGGGGUUUUGUUCAAAAGCUGAUAAAUGCCCUUUCUCGCAUGGACCAAAUUCUUUUACUACUAGUAAAGUUCCACAGGCCCCAGCAGCUACCCAUGGUACAGAACCUUCAAGUCAUAAGAAGGUUUUUGGUGGCAUUCAAAAGUGCAAUCAAGAGAUGAAGAUUCCUCAGGUAAGUGCCUCAAAGAUUGUCGGAGUGCCUCCUCAGUCCAAACCUGCUCCUAAGGUUGUGACUGCUCCACCAAGAAAUGGAGUUGGCAUUGAGAGGAAUGUGAUACCAACUAGAGACUUUGAUGAUGAGGCUCUUAGAUACAAGGCAAGAAGUGGUUUCCCUGCAAUGAAUGGAGACUCUACAGGUCAGGCCAAUCAUUAUCUUCAGGCUCAUGUAUCAGAAAACCAUGGUUUCCAAAUUGGGAAGGAUGUUGAUGAGCAUUUGAGGGAGUCCUCUCCUGGAUUUGAUGUUCUUGUAGAUGAUGAGCUUGGAGAUUCUGACUACUACCAUGGUGAGGAACAGUUCGGAAGAACAAGAGUUCAUGAUGGAAGGAACUUGAAUUCUAUGAAUGAGUAUGAUUUGGACCGUCCUGCGGAUUACAAUCCAAUAGCUGAUGGUGAUCGAGAAAGGUUUCAUGACCCACGAGGCUAUGACCCUUAUGAUCAGAUGCAAGGGAGAUAUGCUUGGGACCAGCACAGGGCUUCAUCUGAGAGACUGCUAGUUGGCCCUGCUCAUUCAGAGAGGAGGGGUUAUCGUAAAUCUGAUAGCCCAGAUCACAUUGAUGGGUCAGACCUGCGACAUCGUUUGUCCAAACAUAGGAGGGGAAAUGGUCUGAGAUCAGUUGUCAGCAAUGAGUACGAUGGCCAUGUUGAGGAGCGAAAAAGCCGUCCUCGUAGGGAUCCACAGCAAUUGCCCUCACAUGAGGGCUCCCUCAGCAGUCGUCUUCGUGGCAGAAUAAAGCUUCCAGGUGGAUCUUCUCCGGUCAAUGGUAGUGACUUGCGCCAAGAGAGGGAAGGCAGAGGAAGACAUCGUGACAGAAGUCGUGAUAGAAGUCGCGAUAGGUUGUCACCCAGAAGGCCUCAAAGUAUGUCCCACCAAGGAAGGCUUCGAGACAGAAUACAAGGAAGGGUGCAAGAAGACUCUAAUAAUAAUGAGCCGAGAAACAUUGGGGCUCCUCGUAUGAGGAGAGAGGUACUGGAUGAAAGAAGCUCCGAGUUUUCUCGUCCAAAACGUCUUUCAGAGCCAAAGCCAAAUAAUGUAAACAUGGAGAAUAAUCAGCAAUCUGAAGGUGAUCUCUCAUUUGAAGGGCCAAAGCCUCUUAGCGAGAUUCUGAAGAGGAAGAGAGAAGCUGAAGCAGCUGCAGCUUCUGGGAGCAGGAAAAGAUCUUCUAUUAAUAAACAAGGCAACAGUGAGAGAGAAGGCGCAGCGAGCAAUCCAGGUGGCUCUGGGACAGGAGAUGUUACAACGACACUUAACAGUCAGUCCCCUGUGGCCAAAGAAGAGAGCAAGUCUGCAACCACUGAUACAGUUGGAACUGAAAAUGAAAAGAACGAUUUGGCUCCUGGCCAGUCUUCCCAAGGGCAGCAAGAGACUGAAGAAGGUGCGAUAUAUGAUGAAACAGCUGAGUAUCACGAGCUUGAGGGCGAAGAUCAGAGGGAAGGAGAAUAUGAUUACGAGCAAGGAGAGGAUGGCGAAUACACUUAUGAAGAAGGUGAAAACGCAGAUGGUGAAGAGGAAUACCUGGAGGAGGAAGACGGGGAUGACUUUGCUAAGAAGAUUGGCGUCAUGUUCUCUUAAUCUCAGUUAAUGUUCUCUUAAUCUCAGUUAAUGGGAAAUAGGCGGGAGAGCAGCAACAAAGAGAGGAACUGACUGCUCUUUUUCCAGGACCUCUCAAAACUGGUUUGGUUCUGAUCAACUAACGUGGCUGCUCUGGUUUCUUUACAGAAUUAGGGAUAGCAGGUUUUGUUAAUUGAAGCCUUUUCAUUGUAUUACUCUGAUUUAAUGGGGAAUUUUUCCUUGUGCUCGAGGCAUAUUUUGCUGUGCUUGUUUGUGUGCAUGGCUGCUGGCUGUAACAAUAGAUAUCAAUAAGAUCUCUAUUACUAGUACUACUU